AUGGCGGAGGUUGCGAAACCGAUCCCCAGUGGUGGGCUGGAAUCUGUCAAAGACGGCUCAAAACACGUGUAUUACCAUUCAGGCUCCGAGGCUACCUAUCGAAAGGUAUCCGAUAAGCCGACAGGCUUUACGACCAUUCCAACUGUCGAUUUGACUGAUUUAGACGGCCCUAUUGCUCUGCGCAAGAAGAUCGCGGAAGAGAUUCGCGACGCUUGCCACACAUGCGGGUUCUUUUACAUCAAGAACCAUGGCAUUCCUCAAGAAGUCAUCACCGAAACCUUCGAACUUCUGACGAGGUUCUUUGCGCUAGACUUGGACACGAAGAUGGAUGCCCAUGUUCAGAAGAACCCGGCAAUUCGGGGUUAUGAGCCAAUGUUGGAGACUAGACUAGAUCCUAGGACGGCAGGAGAUAUCAAGGAAGCAUUCACUAUGGGGGACUGCGCCAUAGAAAAGGAGCAGGACUAUGUCGGAAGGACUGGGAAGCAACCACCUGCGCACAUCACCCAACCACAGAACAUUUGGCCGGAGAAAGCACCGUGGUGGCGCGAAGGGCUAUACAAAUAUUAUCAUCAUGUAUUUCCUCUGGCGAUGAAACUCGUUCGAAUAUUCGCACUUUCCUUUGGCCUGGAGGAGACUGCUUUUGACAAGGACUUUCAAUUUCCCAUAACGGGGAUGCGUCCGCUUUACUACCCGCCUACGCCUGUGUCCCAGGACGCAGCUAGCGUCGGGCUCGGAGCUCACGCCGACUUCAGCUGGCUGACGUUGGUCUUGCAAGAAGACAACGUGCCAGCGCUCGAAGUGCUCAACCCCGACGGGCUGUGGGUGGACGCGCCUCCACAGCCCGGGACACUGGUCUGCAACGUCGGGCAGUACCUGGAGCGUCAGACGAAUGGCCAGUUUCCCGCAACGGUACACCGCGUGCGGAACAGAACAGGCCGGGAGCGUUACUCGCUUCCUUUCUUCCUGACCAUGGACUCGGACGUGGAACUAGAUGUCUUGGAGUGCUGCAAGAAACCGGGUGAGACACCACACUACGCGUCCAUCAACGUUGGGGAUCUGUAUGUACGGCGUGUCUUGCCUGCCAGGAAGAAACACCCCACGAGCAUCAAGUACCAAGACGUUCCUCAAGACGAAUGGUCCUACAAGAUGUUGUUAUCGUAG